GAAGGUUCCUCUUUGUACACAGUGCGAUUUGAAGAAAAAUCCAAGGAAGUGGCGAGAUGGGGAAUUCGAGUGUGUCUCAUGGAUAGUGUGCUUCAAAGUUUGGCAUGAGAGGAUGCUGCUCUUCGUCGGGUCGAAGAACGAUGGCACACAGAAACCCCCGAUGACUCCAGAGCAGACCGGCCACCGGGUACUCAGAAGACGAGAAAAACAAACAUGUGCCUCUGCACUGGAGACUUUGUGAGAUAGCACAGGACGGAAGUAACAAGCUCGGUCGUGACAUUUCAGGAACUCAGUUGCCAAAAAACUAUUACUAAGCUUGCCAGUUCAAAAAAAAAAAAAAUGAAAUUCUUCUCAACCUUUGUGACAUUUGAGAACCUCCAUGAGGUUCGGAGAUUGUGCCACUGGGGUCCAAUCAUAGCUCUGUCUGUCAUUGCUAUCUGCUCCACCAUGGCCAUUCUGGACUCCAUCAUCUGGUACUGGCCGCUAGACACGACAGGAGGCAGCAUUAAUUUCCUAAUGCUCAUCAACUGGACUGUCCUCAUUCUCUACAACUACUUCAAUGCUAUGUUUGUUGGUCCUGGAUACAUUCCUCUUGGCUGGAAACCUGAAAAUCAACUAGAAACCCAGUAUCUACAGUUCUGCAGAGUGUGCCAAGGCUUCAAGGCCCCCAGAUCUCACCACUGCCGGAAAUGUAACAGGUGCGUGAUGAAGAUGGACCACCACUGCCCCUGGAUAAACAACUGCUGCGGCCACUCAAACCACGCCUACUUCACCAGCUUCCUGCUAUUGGCUCCGCUGGGCUGCUCACACGCUGCCAUUAUCUUCAUAAUGACCAUGUACACACAGUUGUAUGAGAGGAUAUCGUUCGGUUGGAGCACUGUGAAGAUUGACAUGAGCGCCGUGCGGCAGUUCCAGCCCCUCAUGCCCUUCAGUGUUCCCGCCUUUGCUGCCACUCUCUUUGCCUUAGGCUUGGCACUAGGCACCACCAUCGCAGUCGGUAUGCUCUUCGUCAUACAGAUGAAAGUCAUCCUUCGAAAUAAGACCUCGAUCGAAUCAUGGAUCGAGGAAAAGGCCAAAGACAGAAUACAGCAUUACCAAACAGGGGAGGAGUUCAUCUUUCCUUAUGACCUCGGCACCCGCUGGCUGAAUUUCAAACAAGUCUUCACGUGGUCAGGAACACCCAGGGGUGACGGCAUGGAAUGGCCUGUCCAUCCAAAGUGUCACCAGCACACCUUAACUAUUGAGCAGCUGAAACAGAAAGCUGAUAAGCGAGUGAGAAGCCAGGUCCAGUACCGGGCAGUGGAGGAUUAUAAUGGAGCUUGCUGCCCUCUCAACAAGGGCCUCCAGACCUUUUUCAGGACUCCUUGCACUGAGGAGCCCAGGAUCCCACUCAGCAAAGGGGACACCAUCCUGGCAACCCGAGGCACCAAAUGGUGGAUGUACGGAGACAAAGUUUUGACUGAUGAGGAAACGAUAGCUGGAGAGCGUGUGAGGGGAUGGUUUCCGAGGCGAUGCGUGGAGAAGUGCCAUUACGAUACAGCUGCCAGUGAAAGCACCAGCGAUAAGAAAGUCAAUUAAAACACGUCAGCAGGCUGUAUGUAGAGCAGAGGAGUUUAACUGGACAGACGUACGUUUGUGUUCAACAAUAUACCUUCGCUAAAGAUGUCAUACCUGAUGCUGCAGGUUUACAAAUAAGGAAUUUUCUACUUUGAUUUUGACUCCUUACACAUUUCUGCAUCAAUGUGUUUAUUUUAUUUUUAGUUUUUUUGACUCAUACUGAGCACUUUCCUGUCCGAUGUCAUAGAAAAGGACAAAAAAGUUGAUGAGAGAGACUGAUUCUGUGGGUUCAGUUUGACUCCUCUGACCAAAAUCAAAACCUUAACCACAGUCUUAAUUUCCAAGAAUUGCCACCAGGCUUUAACGUGACUUCAUUCUGAAUUUUUACUUGAAUAUGUUCUUUAUACUUGUGUUAAUAUCUUUUUUUUUUUUUCCUUUGUUUUGCUAUGUAUGCAAGGCCUCUUCCCAGCUAAAUCCCGAGGCUUCACCAUGCAACUCUUUCUAUAGUAUGGAGAUAACACCUGAUUUCUUUCUAUUAUUUUUCUAAAAACAAACUGUUGGCCUCAAAUUGUAAAGUGAAAAUUAAAAAAAAAUAUAUCUUGCAA